AUGGCGGUUGGCUCCCUCCCCAGCUUCUCACAGGCGGACAUUCAGUCGCACAAAUCGAAGAGCUCAUGCUUCGUUACCCUUGGCAACAAGGUUUACGAUGUCGCUGAUUUCAUCGAAUCGCAUCCCGGUGGGCCUGAGCUGAUUAUCGACUAUGCGGGCCAAGAUGUCACCAAAAUCCUCAAGGAUGAGGCGUCGCACACCCACAGUGACUCUGCCUACGAAAUGCUCGACGAGUAUCAUGUAGGCUUCCUGCAGAAGUCGGGCAAGACGGCAGAGGCCAAUGGCGUAUCCUCGGGCGUCGAGACGAGCAGCGACGAGGAGACCACAUUCGUCCACCCACGUACGGGCAUGGCAUGUGAAGAGGACCUGAGCAAGGACACUGAUAUCGUAUCCGACUACAAGAAGAACAAGUUCCUCGACCUGAACCGUCCGCUUCUGAUGCAGGUCUGGUUCGGCGGCUUCUCCAAGGAGUUCUAUCUGGACCAGAUCCACCGGCCCCGUCAUUAUAAGGGCGGCAAGUCAGCGCCGUUGUUCGGCAACUUCCUCGAGCCUGUCUCAUUGACGCCGUGGUUCGUCGUCCCAAUUGUGUGGCUGCCAUGUGUUAGCUACGGCUUGUACCUCUCCAGCUUCGGCUUUGCCAACGUGGGCUACCAGGCGCCCUUUUUCGGCUUUGGACUCGUAAUCUGGACGCUAAUCGAAUACGUCCUGCACCGCUUCCUCUUCCACUUGGACUACUAUCUCCCUGACAAUCGCGUCGGGCUCACCCUCCACUUUCUGUUGCAUGGCGUCCACCACUAUCUUCCUAUGGAUAAGUACCGGUUGGUGAUGCCGCCGACGCUCUUUGUUGUCUUGGCCACGCCAUUUUGGAAACUGGCCCAUUUCAUCUUCGCCUAUGACUGGAACGUUGCCACUACGGUCUUCUGUGGAGGCAUCUUUGGCUACGUCUGCUACGAUCUUACCCACUACUUCCUCCACCACCGGGACCUGCCUUUGUGGUACAAGGGCCUGAAGAGGUACCAUCUUGCCCAUCACUUCCUUGACUAUGAGCUCGGCUUCGGCGUUACGAGCCGUUUCUGGGACCAGGUCUUUGGCACUGAGCUCAAGAUGAACACGCCUCCUAUUGUCAAGGCCCAAUAG